GUGCGUGCUCUCGCGGACCAGGCCGGCGCAAUAUGGGGUUCCAGGCGCGUGGUCUCAGCCCGAAGAAGGCGGAGGCGGGGACGAGGCCGGAGCUGGGGUCCCAGGUGCGAAAGCGGAGGCGGGGACGAGGCCGGAGCGCUUAUCCUCGACCAACGUGGAGUCCCAGGUACGCGAUCUCGGCCCGAAGAAGGUGAAGGUGGGGUGCUUGAAGCCAGAAGAAGGCGAGCUUCAAGAGGAGGCGACAACCAGCUCGAAGGACUUACUCUCAGAAUACGUUCUCGGCGCGUGGUCUCAACCUGAAGAAGACAGAGGCGGCGACAAGGUGCGCGGUCUCAACUUGAAGAGGAUGGAGGCGGGAACCAGGCCGGAGAACUUCUCCUCAACCAAUAUCGGGUCCGAGGUGCGUGGUCUCAACUCGAACAGGUGCAUGGUUUCAGCUUGGAGAAAAGAGAAAGGACGAGGCCUCAACCAAUAUGAGGAAGCUCAAGCUGAAGAAGACAGAGGGAAGAACGAGGUGUGGAAGUUCAAGCUGAAGAAGACACAGGCGUGGAAGCUCAAGCUGAAGAAGGGCAAGGACAAGGUGCGUAUCCUCAAGAAGAAGAAGGCCGGGAGCGGGAACGAAGCCGUGCAGGCUCGCCUGCAUGGUGCGUGGUCUCAGUCGAAGAAGGCGGAGGCAGGGACGAGGCCGGCGCAAUAUGGGGUUCCAGGCGCGUGGUCUCAGCCCGAAGAAGGCGGAGGCGGGGACGAGGCCGGAGCUGGGGUCCCAGGUGCGAAAGCGGAGGCGGGGACGAGGCCGGAGCGCUUAUCCUCGACCAACGUGGAGUCCCAGGUACGCGAUCUCGGCCCGAAGAAGGUGAAGGUGGGGUGCUUGAAGCCAGAAGAAGGCGAGCUUCAAGAGGAGGCGACAACAGGCUCGAAGGACUUACUCUCAGAAUACGUUCUCGGCGCGUGGUCUCAACCUGAAGAAGACGGAGGCGGCGACAAGGCCGGAGUGCCUAUCCUCAAGCAAUAUGGGGUCCCAGGUGCGCGGUCUCAACUUGAAGAGGAUGGAGGCGGGAACCAGGACGGAGGCGAGGAGAGGCCGGAGUACCUAUGCAAGGACAAGGCUGGGAGGGCCCAUCCUCAACCAACAUGGGGUUCCGAGGUGCGGAAGUUCAAGCUGAAGAAGACACAGGUGUGGAAGUUCAAGCUGAAGAAUACAGAGGCGUGGAAGCUCAAGCUGAAGAAGGGCAAGGACAAGGCGUGGAAGCUCAUGCUGAAGGAGACGGAGGCGUGGAAGCUCAAGCUGAAGAAGGGCAAGAACAAGGCGUGGAAGCUCAAGCUGAAGAAGGGCAAAAACAAGGCGUGGACGCUCAAGCGGAAGAAGACAGAGGCGUGGACGCUCAAGCGGAAGAAGACAGAGGCAAGGAGGAGGCCGGGCGUGGACGCUCAAGCCGAAGAAGACGGGGGCAAGGACCAGGCGUGGACGCUCAAGCGGAAGAAGACGGAGGCAAGGACGAGGCGAACACUGAAGGAGACGGAGUCGCCGAAGGCGAGCCAUGGAGAGUGCAAGGAAUAUGCCCGAUACUUGGGCAGCGACCCCGGAUACGAGGGAGAAGAGACACACAACGCGAUGUUGUGCCCGAGCCUCGGUGCAUGGUCUCAACCUGAGAAGAACACGGAGGCCGGAGGCGGGGACGUAUCCUCAACCAAGAUGCGGAGCGGGGACGAGGCCGGAGCGCUUAUCAUCAACCAAGAUGGGGUCUCAGGUGCGUGGUCUCAAGCCGAAGACGGCGGAGGCGGGGACGAGGCCGGAGCGCUUAUCAUCAACCAAGAUGGGGUCUCAGGUGCGUGGUCUCAAGCCGAAGAAGGCGAAGGCGGGGACGAGGCCGGAGCGCUUAUCCUCAACCAAGAUGGGGUGUCAGGUGCUUGGUCUGAAGCUGAGAAGACGGCGGAGGUAGGGACGAGGCCGGAGCGCUUAUCCUCAACCAAGAUGGGGUUUCAGGUGCUUGGUCUGAAGCUGAGAAGACGGCGGAGGCGGGGACGAGGCGGGGACGAGGCCGGAGCGCUUAUCCUCAACCAAGAUGGUGUCUCAGGUGCGGGGUCUCAAGCCGAAGACGGCGGAGGCGGGGACGAGGCCGGCGGGGACGAGGCCGGAGCACUUGUCCUCAACCAAUAUGGGGUCUCAGGCGGGGACGAGGCCGGAGCGCUUGUCCUCAACCAAUAUGGUGUCCCAGGUGCAUGCUCCCAAGCACGAGACUUCAACCUCAAGAAGAACGAGGCCGGGAUAGGCGUACACUUCACAAGUCGUCGUGAUGAAGAGAUCGCACAGUCAGCUAUGCACGCAUGUUCCAGACUAGUCGGAUCAUGGACCGGUGGCUUUGAAAGGGAGGCAAGCGAGCCUGUGGCACAGCUGCAACUGGGGCUCAGGCGUGCGAUAGAAACCAGUAGUUCACGACAGCUCGACGCGAUGGAUACACCGGUACUUUUCAGCGCCUUAAACUGCACUUGCCGGACGGCAGCAAAGAAAUGGACACGUCUACCCCACAACCUGAAGCUGGCCAUUUCGCAGUUCACGAGACGCUCGGAUUGGGCACUGAGGCUAGGACACCUAGCGCUGAUCGGUGCACUCUCCAGGUACCCGAUGCUGGCUUCGAGAGCCACAGACGACUUCGACUUUGGCCGGCGACUCCAAUACUUUUCAGUCCAGGAUCUACAAGGGCUUCCGAGAAACACCAAGAAGACCAUCCGUCUCUGCAUCGCGAACCUUCGGGCUUUCGAGAAGAAGAAGAAGCAGAAGGAGAGGACAGAGCUCCGGAAGCAGAAGCAGGAGGAACUCCUGAGACGGAAAUUCGAAGCAACAAAGAUUGUGGUCGAGCGCGCGGCCGCUGAAGAAGACGGAGGCGGGGACGAGGCCGGAGCGCUUAUCCUCAACCAAUAUGGGCUCCACGAGGUGCGUGGUCUCCACCCGAAGAAGGCGGAGGCGGGGUACACGGUUUUAAGCGGAGAAGACGGCGGAGGCGGGGACAAGGAAGACGGCGGAGGCGGGGACGAGGCCGGAGCACUUGUCCUCAACCAAUAUGGGGUUUCAGGGAAGGCGGAGGAAGGCGAAGGCGGGGACGAGGCCGGCACGGACGAGGCCGGAGUGCUUGUCCUCAACCAAUAUGGGGUUUCAGGGAAAGCGGAGGCAGGGACGAGGUCCGAGGUGUGCGGUCUUAACCUGAGGAACGCAAGCCAGGGACGAGGCGAAGGCGGGGACGAGGCCGGAGCGCUUAUCGUCAACCAAGAUGGGGUUUCAGGCGGGGACGAGGCCGGAGCGCUUAUCCUCAACCAAUGUGAGGUCCGAGGUGUGAGGCGAAGAGGUGCAGCCGCCACGCUUAUCCUCAACCAGAAUGGGGGCCAGGGGGAAGAGGAUGGAGGCGGGGACCAGGCCGGGGCGAGCAUCCUCAACCAAUAUGGGGUCCCAGGUGCGUGGUCUCCACUCGAAGAGGACGGAGGCCGGGACAAGGAUGGAGGGGACAAGGCCGAAGUGCUUAUCCUCAACCAAAACGGGGUCCCAAGUGCGUGGUCUCCAUUGCAAGAGACCAAGGUGCGCGGUGUCAACCUGAAGAAGACGGAGGCGGGGACAAGGCCGGAGCGCUUAUCCUCAACCAAUAUGGGGUCCCAGGUGCGUUAUCCUCAACCAAUAUGGGUCCCCGGUGCGUGGUGUCAACCUGAAGAAGACGGAGGCGGGGACAAGCCCGGAACGCCUAUCCUCAACCAAUAUGGGGUCCCAGGGGCCUGGUCUCAACCCGAAGAAGACAGAGGCGGGGACAAGGCCGGAGCGCAUAUCCUCAACCAACAUGGGGUCGCAUGUGUGAUCAUGUGUGUUAUCCUCAGCCAAUAUGGGGUCCCCGGUGCGUGGUGUCAACCUGAGAAGACCAACCUGAAUGGAGGUCGAGAGGUGCAACUGCCAUGCUUGAAUGCGGGUGCAGCUGCCACGCUUAUCCUCAACCUGAAUGGGCGUUGGGCACUUACCCUGAAUCGGAGGUCGGGAAGCGCAGCCGCCACGCUUAUCCUCGACCUGAAUGGGGGUCGGGAGGUGCUCCUCAACCUGAAUGGGCGUCGGGAGAUGCAGCUGCCACGCUUAUCCUCAACCUGA